GGAUAAUUUAUCCCCUUUCUUACCUGGUUUUCCCGGGAAAAUUACCAGAACGCAUCAACCCCUUCUCUCUCCUCCCUUCCUCUCUCUCUCUCUCUCUCCUUUUUCCUGUCUCUCCAUCUUCAUCCCAAAUACUUCUCUCUCAGACAGAGAGACAACAAACACACACCCACACACUGAUCCUCUAUGGACGAUCCCACGGCGCCACCGAGAACCCCAUCGUCGUCUUCCUCCCAGCUCAAUACGCCUCCAACAAUGCUCCGCACUCCUCAGGCCCUCCAAUCGCUAACCCCAUCUCGGCACAUCGACCGCCUGAUCAACUUCAACCACCACCAAUCGCCGUCCAGGACCAUCUACUCCGAUAGGUUCAUCCCCAGUAGAUCCGGCUCCAACUUCCCCCUCUUCGACAUCUCUAAUACUCCAUCCGAGGGCCGCGAUGACUCGUCAAGCGCCUACGGCACUCUCCUACGCGCUGCCCUCUUUGGCCCUGACGCCCGUGGCGUCGUCCCUCCGGCGACGCCUGAGAAAAGGAGCGCAAUUCAGAUGAACCCGCCUAGUCCCAACAUCUUCCGGUUCAAGACCGAGACUCGCCCGUCAAUGCACUCGCUUUCCCCUUUUGGGUUCGACGAUGUGGUCACUGGGGCUCACCAUAGCCCGGUCAAGGCUCCUCGGAAGGUCCCUCGGUCGCCUUACAAGGUUUUGGAUGCACCUGCUUUGCAAGAUGAUUUCUAUCUGAAUCUUGUCGACUGGUCUUCGCACAAUGUACUUGCCGUUGGGUUGGGAAAUUGUGUUUAUUUAUGGAAUGCUUGUAGUAGCAAGGUAACUAAGUUAUGUGACUUGGGGAUUGAUGAUAGUGUCUGUUCCGUUGGCUGGGCUCAACGUGGAACUCAUCUUGCGGUUGGAACUAGCAAUGGAAAAGUCCAAAUUUGGGAUGCAUCACGCUGUAGGAGGGUAAGAACUAUGGAGGGCCAUCGACUACGCAUUGGGGCCUUAGCCUGGAGUUCAUCUAUGCUGUCUUCUGGUAGCCGGGACAAGACUAUUCUUCAACGUGAUAUUCGUGCUCAGGAAGAUUUUGUUAGCAAACUUUCCGGACACAAGUCAGAGGUUUGCGGACUGAAGUGGUCUUAUGAUAACCGUGAGCUGGCAUCAGGCGGGAAUGAUAAUAGGCUUUUUGUUUGGAAUCAACAUUCAACUCAACCUGUGCUCAAAUACUGUGAGCAUACUGCAGCUGUGAAAGCUAUUGCAUGGUCUCCCCAUCUUCAUGGGCUUCUUGCGUCUGGGGGAGGAACUGCAGACCGAUGUAUUCGCUUCUGGAAUACAACCACCAACUCGCAUUUGAGCUGCAUGGACACUGGAAGUCAGGUAUGCAAUCUUGUGUGGUCGAAAAAUGUCAAUGAACUAGUCAGCACCCAUGGCUACUCCCAAAAUCAGAUAAUAGUUUGGAGAUAUCCCACCAUGUCAAAGCUUGCAACUCUUACGGGCCAUUCAUACAGAGUUCUUUAUCUUGCCAUCUCGCCUGAUGGACAGACAAUUGUUACUGGAGCAGGAGAUGAAACACUAAGAUUUUGGAACGUGUUUCCUUCCCCUAAGUCCCAGAACACAGAAAGUGAAAUUGGAGCAUCAUCUCUUGGAAGAACCAUCAUCCGGUGACCUUGUACAUGACGUCAAUAUACUGACUUGGCAACCUUCACUGUUGCUCAGACCGCCUGAGGAUGCGAACAUCAGGACGAUGUCAUUCCUUUUUGACAUGAUAUCACAGACGAGCAUAGAUUAUGCCGGGACCUCGAAAGGCUAAGACGAGAGAUGAAGUGAUGGGUUUGGUCGGGUUUCGAUUGUUACUCUCGUUUCCCACAUAAGUAGCCUACUAUAUAUAAUGUAUAGAAGGUGGGUUGUGAUCAAUUAUUCUCACCUUCUCGGUGCGCCCGUACUUUGUAUAUUUAAAGAGGAGGAUACGCUGGGAGAUAAGUUGGGUCAUUGUGAUGUAAGUUUACUUCACAUUCUUUGUAAAUGGAUCGCAAUUUUAUUUUCACAUUUUAGUUGAAAAUUAGGUGAUUUGAUUUUGCAACUCCAGUUCGUGUUAUCGCGUUUGCACGUGUGAAAUCCUUCGACGUGUUCGAUUAAUAUAGGCUCUCCCAUCA